AUGGACGAGAGCACAUUGCUAGUUAUGAGGGAGUGCCUUGCUUGGAUGUCGGAGCUAUCAGCAGAGGAUCUCAUGCCCGAGCACGGAGACCUCGCUAGAGAUGGCGAUCCUUCCUCAACUGCUAUCCUCCAGAAGUUCUACAAGGCUUCGAAGAAUUUCGCAGCCAUGGCGCAAGGCGGAGAGGAGGGUGAAAAGAAGAAUCGCGCGCUUCAAAGUCCCGGGAGAGAAGAGGUGGAGGCAUGCUACCUCGGAGUGGUGAAGCUCUGCAUGGGAGAGCUUUGUGAGCAGGAUGGGGCAUGGCAACCGCCGUCGGACAGGGAGGACGGCAUCAGUGGUGAGGAGCUAGACGAAGAGAUCAAGACUUCCCUUCGGCUUCUUGACAUGUCUCUGAUAUCGUGCAUCGACCUCCCUGUUGACACCAGGCUCCGUCUUCUGCAGCAGAACUUAGCGCAGUCACUUCAUGAGUUUCUUGUUGGUCAAUGUGCAUUGAGGAAGAAGAAUGGGAGAGAGGAGGAGGAGGAAGAGGAGGCAGUAUGGCAAGAUUAUCCGUCGAAGAAGUUUAAGAGCAACUUGUCACCCUCAACUGAAAACACAAACAGCGAAGCUUCAGUAUUGUCACCGGCAUCGUCGAGAUUGCCAUCCGUCAAAGAGCAACUCUUGGAGCAGGACGAGCGAUGGUUUAAGAUGCUUUCUCCACUUGUUUGCUCUGCUGGAUCUGGAAUGGCUGUGGACACUAUCAGUGCAAAGGACCUCCAAACAUUUCGACAAUAUCAUGUCAAGAGAGAACCGGUUGUCUUGUCCGAAAUGACAUGCGACUGGCCUGCCAGAGAGCUAUGGCUGAAGGAUGAUUACCUCAAGAGGGUUGCCGGGUACCGCACAGUCCCUGUUGAGGAAGGAAGGUAUACAGACACAACAACGCGUACUCGACUUGCCCGAGUCGAUCACAUUCUUUACCUGAUGCAGGAGGAGCAGGAGGGAGGGGAACAGGAGAAGCUCUAUCUCGCCCAGCAUCUCCUAUUUGAGCAGAUCCCCCAGCUCAAGGCUGACCUCCUCGUCCCUCCCAUGUGCCUGGAGUCAGAAGAAGCAGUGUCCAUGUGCGAGCAGAAGGCCAUGCACAAAGAUACCAAGAAGGAGGGAAAGGAAAAGAAAAAUGAGGAGGACGAGGACGAGGACGAGGACGAGGACAAGGACAAGGACGAGGAGGACGAUGACGAGACAAGGAGGAAGUCAAAUUUGGCAGGGAGUGGCACACUCGUCAAAAUGAACGCGUGGUUCGGCCCGAGAGGUUGGUAG